CACUACAACCAGUCCAGUGUGGCGCUAGACGUCGGGUGCCUAUGUGCGGGAGUCUCUGUGACUGUAAUCUUGAGACGCGUUCUUUGUUUACGUUUUACGUUCACAGCGCUGUAUGACAACGCGAUGGAACCUAAACUCUUUGUUUUAACGCUGUAGCGACCUUUCGUGAUUUGGUGCUAGUGAAAGUUAUCAAAAUGGUUGUCGACAAUCAAUCCGUAUCUCAAGAGACAGCUUCGACGUCGUCGUCGGAAGACUCACUCAACAUUUCCUUCCAAGAUAUCACAUACAAAGUGCGGCACGGCAUUCUGGCGGGAGGUCGUAAAACUGUAUUGAAUAAUGUAAGCGGCAGUUUCAACGCCGGCGAGCUGACUGUCAUCAUUGGCCAGUCCGGGGCCGGCAAGAGCAGCCUCAUGGACAUUCUUGCGGGAUACACGAAGCCAACGAGCGGUACGUUAUAUGUGAACGGUCGUGUGCGCGUCCACAACAGAUUCCUGCGGCGCUCGUGCUACAUUCUGCAGGACGACCACGUGCAGGAUAUGCUUACCGUGCAAGAGUCCCUCCACAUCGCCGCCGAACUCAAACUAGGCAACCACAUCAGCAAUGAACAAAAGAAACAAAGGGUACAAGAAAUAAUGACAUCGCUCGCAAUGACGAAGGUGAGGCAUACACGCGCCGGCUGCCUCUCUGGCGGACAGAAGAAGCGGCUUGCAAUCGGUCUCGAGCUCGUCAGUGACCCCCCAGUCAUGUUUCUCGACGAACCGACCAGUGGCUUGGACAGCUCUAUAUCCAAACAGUUGGUGUACUUGCUGCAUUUAUUGGCCAGACAAGGAAGAACUGUGGUGGUGAGCAUGCACCAGCCCUCCGCAGCUCUACUGGAUAUGGUGGACAGAAUGUACGCGAUAGUGGCCGGCCGAUGCGCAUACAUGGGGUCCGUGCAUCUCCUUCUACCUUAUUUACAACAAAUGAAUUUGACGUGUCCACCUUACCAUAAUCCCGUGGAUUUUUGUGAGAACCAGCGAUGGAUAAAUAAUAUUACCGAUGAGACUGAUAGUAAUUUAAUAGAAAAAUAUAAAUUAAGUAAAAACGAAGAAGUGUUUCUGACAACUUUGCCGCCGCCAAAAGAAGAUCCGACGAGUAAAAUCCUGCUGUCGUUAAAAGGCACCUACCCAACGUCUUCGUGGAAACAAUUCACAACAUUAUCAAGAAGAUCAUUUUUGUCGUACUGGCGCGACCCUCAGUUCACGCUGAUGAUCACCGGCAUCCACUUCUUCAUGGCGCUGUUCGUUGGUUUGUUGUUCUACAACAUUGGCGGCGACGCGCGCUACAUGCGGGACAACUACAACUUCCUCUACUUCAGCCUUAUGUUCCUCAUGUUCACAGCAUUCAGUGCCGUCUCCAUAAGAUUUCCAGAGCAACUGCCUGUGGUACGGCGAGAGCACUUCAACCGUUGGUACGCGACGGGAGCGUACUACGCGUCCACUUUAGUCUCAUCAUUGCCCACGCAGACCAUAUGCACGCUUACCUUCGCCAUCAUCACGUACUGGCUGACAGACCAGCCGCAAGAGUACACGCGGUUCUUUAGCUACUGCUGUACUCUGCUCCUAGUCUCCUACACCGCGAUCUGCAUCGGACUCUUUAAUGGAUCUUUAUUUAAUGUUAAGAAUGGAGUUGUUUUCGGGCCGUUCUUCAUAAUGCCAUUCACGGUAUUUUCCGGCUUCUUCCUGCGCUACAGCGACGCACCGUUCUUCUUCCAAUGGAUGUUCAACUUCUCCUUCCUAAAGCACGGCCUCGUCGGCUUGGUUAUAUCGAUAUACGGCAUGAACCGGCCGAAACUGGUUUGUGAUAUACUUUACUGCCACUACACUUACCCUAGCCAGUUCCUGGAGGAUAACGGAAUGGCACAUGAACAAUACGGGUUCACGGUUAUAGCUUUAUUCUGUAUAGCAUUUGUAUUCAUAUUUUUCUCAUAUAUUGUUUUAAAAAUUAGAAUGAGAAGUAAAUGGUGACCAUCUGAUAGAUGGGUGUUCGGUCACUGUUAGUUGUAACAAAUUCCAUAACGUAAAAUGAUCUCUCGAAAAGGUUGGUAAUACAAGUUUGUAAUUUACAAUUAUUUAAAAUGAGUUCCAAUUUUUUGUGAUGGAUUGGGGAUGGAUUAUUUAGAUAGUUAGCAUUUUUAUGAAGACAAUAAAUAUAUUCCAUUUUUUAUAAAUUCACCAUUAAACAAAUUAGUAGUCAUGUUAUGAAUCAUUGCCAUAGUUUGACAUUUUGUUGACAUAAUUUAAAUAUCUGUUGUAAAUACUGCACUUGACCUUUAUAAUAAGCAAUUAUCACGAACAAUAUGUAAGAUUGUGAAUGACAUACAACUCUGUAUUUAGUAUGGUCACAAAUUUGUGCAAAAUUUGUCCGAUAGAUGGCAUAGCAGGGAAUUCAAGAUUUUUUUUAAUUACCAGAGAAAAACUGUACUGUAUUAAACUUUAAAUUACAUGGACUUAAUACUCAUCUAUGAAAAUGUCUGCGGUGGCGGGGUGAAGGACAUAUGUGUACGGGUAGUAGGUAACUGACAUUGUGACUUUUGUGAAUGGGAUAAGCGGAAAAUAUUAUCUUUGUGACACACCUAUGUAUUUAUUGCAAUUAAUUUAUUUAUUGCAGUUUCUAGGAUUUUUUGUAAAGCUAUUUUUUCUGGUAAUUAAAAAAUAAUCCUAUAUAAUAACCAACAUUUGAACAGAGCCUCACAGGCAAUAAUUAUAAUUUAAUAGAUAUCAGACAUUAUAGCUAACUGACUUACAUUAGGUGAAUUCUCUAGUCUUAGACGGUUUAUUUAACCUAUGGGUAUAUUGUAAAAUGAUCAUUUAAAGUUACAAAUAAACGCUCAAAAUGUCUUUAGUUACAUCGUAAUGUAAAACGUUUGAACCCAUGACUAUUAUUUUAUACUCGAUUGAUGUUGUUAUUAAUAAGAGAAUGGCAUUAUUACAGAAUCGUUAGAUAUAUAAAAAUACAUAAUUUAAACAUAAAGCAACAAUUUAUAACUAUUAAAAAAAAGAUACAGAAUCGUAUCGAGUAUGUGUAGAAUAUUUUUAGGUUAUUCCAUUAUCAUAUAUCUAUGUUAUUUUUUUGAGAUAUGUUUGUUUGCGAAUACUUUAGUUUUAUUUAAUUUAAGGUAUGGGUAAUGGUUAUUUACUUGUUUAAAUGUUGUACAUAUUACUAAAGAGUCAAUUAGCCAGUUAUAAUAGAUAUAUAUUUAAACAUGUAACAAUUAGUCAUAGUAUUUUAAUUGUUGAAAAUAGUUUCGACAUUAUGAUAUUUAAAUGCAAGAGUACAAUGUACUUAAGGCAUUAAAUCUGUGAUUUAGAACAAUUUAACGAUACAAUAAUUGUAAUAUUGUUUAAGUGCAGUUAAGUCGGUGGAAAGAAGUUUAUCAAAGUUUUCAUGUACAAUGUUGAUUACAUAAAUUUGGAAAAUAUCAAAUGAUUACAGUUUUAUAAAUUAUAAAGAAGUAAUAAAGAAAUACAUUCCUG